UCUAAGUGAUCGUCUAAGCGAUCCUGCCCCUCGUUUGCUCUGUUUGACACCAUCCAUCUUCGUUUAUUCCUAAAAACAACCCGACUAUGUCUGGAGGGUGUGGGUUUCCUGUAAAGCUGACCCCUCCAGCGGCUUUAUAGUCACUUCGCGCCGGCGCACCCAGCGAAGGCAACGAAGGUUGCCUGUGAACAGCAGGCAGUGCAACGAGCAAUUCCGCAGCCGAGAGUUAUCGUGCUGUGACAUGAGACUAGGCUUGGAACGCCCUGGCCCGUUCAAGUCUUCCAAAAGCCCCUUUGUCGCUUGGAAUUUUGGCGGAAGUCAGAAAGUGAAGAUGCACCAGCAAGAUGCCGAAGAAUCUUAACUUGUGGGGGAAGUACCUGCGGCUGGUGGGCCGCGGUGCCCGCCGAGGUUUCAAGAAGUGGCAAGUCAUUCCUCCGAUCCCUGUGAAGGCGUACGGCAGGGAACCGUCAGCCGCGUCACAGACCGGGUUGUACCAUGACGAAGAUUUCAACUACCACACGAAGAGAACUUUCUCAAUGCGACGUACAAGACGAAAAAUCAAGGUGAGUCACAGGGCUCGGGUCGGAUACAGUCCCUCAGCAGGACGAUCCGUCGACUCUGCGAAUUUUAGGGAAGCUGAUAGUUCUCCGGCAACCGAUCGUUACAAACACUGCUAUCACUUGAUACGGGCAAUUCCCUUUCACAGCGAACAGGCACCUGUUUUAUGCUUUAUGUCUAUGCACAACUUCACCACUGGAUCCCCGUCCGAAA